UGAAUACUGUAUUACUGUACAGUAGUGUAGUGUUAGUGGCGUUCAUAACACUUAAUACACGACACGUGAACUCAAUGAGUGUUUGGUUUGUUUGCCGACAAUUGCCUAUUGAUUGACACAAAUUUGGAUUAAAGUAGUGAUUAUCUCAAGACAUAAAUAAUGGGAAUAUUAGAUAAAAUAAGUGAAAUCGAGAGAGAGAUCUCCAGAACUCAGAAGAAUAAAGCCACUGAAUACCAUUUGGGUGUCUUGAAGGCAAAGUUAGCCAAAUAUAGGGCACAACUUCUUGAGCCGACAUCGAAAUCAAAGGAAAAGGGCGAAGGAUUUGAUGUCAUGAAAAGCGGUGACGCGAGGGUUGCACUCAUAGGCUUCCCAUCUGUUGGAAAGUCGACGCUAUUAAACACAGUAACCGAUACACACAGCGAAUCGGCCGCAUAUGAGUUCACGACAUUGACCUGUAUUCCCGGUGUUAUCCACUAUAAGGGAGCAAACAUCCAGUUAUUGGAUUUACCCGGAAUUAUUGAAGGAGCAGCUCAGGGUAAGGGAAGAGGUCGACAAGUGAUAGCUGUGGCCCGAACUUCGGAUUUAGUGAUCAUUAUGUUAGACGCAACUAAAAGUGAAGUUCAAAGAGAACUACUGGAGAAAGAGUUGGAGUCCGUCGGCAUUCGGCUGAAUAGUCGUCCACCAAAUAUUUACUUUAAGGAGAAGAAAACGGGUGGCAUUUCAUUCAACUCUACAUGUAUUCUAACAAAAUGUGACGAAAAAAUGGUUCAAAUGGUGUUACAGUGUUAUAAAAUAUUUAACGCCGAAAUCUUAUUCCGAGAGGACUGUUCUCCCGAUGAAUUGAUUGAUGUUGUCCUCAAAAAUAGAGUUUAUUUGCCGUGUCUUUACAUAUACAACAAAAUCGAUCAAAUAUCCAUUGAAGAAGUUAACCGAUUGGCCCGACAGCCCCAUAGUGUUGUUGUCAGUUGUAAUAUGAAACUUAAUUUAGAUUAUAUGUUGGAUAAGAUUUGGGAACAUUUAGCACUAAUACAAGUUUACACCAAAAAAAGAGGCCAACCGCCCGAUUUCGAGGACGGAAUUAUUCUACGGAAAGCAUCUAAUGUUGAGCACGUGUGCCAUACAAUCCACAGAACUAUUGCCGACCAAUUUAAAUACGCUUUGGUUUGGGGGACGAGUACUAAAUACAGUCCCCAACGAGUUGGUCUAACUCACGUGGUCCAUCAUGAAGAUGUGGUUCAAAUUGUUAAAAAAUAAUUUUAUAAUUGAUAGCAAUGUGUUAUGCAGUAGUAAAUUAUACUAAAUAAAGUAUUUUAAUAU